AUGCUGCCUAAACUCACUCUCAGUCUCAUCUUUGCUGCUCUCACAGUAGGAGAAACGGUCUUCCAAUACGUCUCGAACGGAACGUGGCUGGAAAACCUCGCGGUCCGCCCGAACAACCUCCUUUUAACCACCCGCCUCGACGUGCCAGAGCUCUGGUCCAUCGAUCCCUCCACGUCGAGGGGAGAAAAGCUGCUCGAAUUCCCCGAUGCCCUGGGGGCGAUGGGGAUCACUCCCUUUGCCAGCAACGGCACGACCACCGAUCGAUACGCCGUCGUGACGGGCAACUUCUCCCUGUCCGAACUGUCCGCCACGCCCGGCUCCUUUUCCAUCUGGACGGUCUGGUUCGACGAGAGCGAUCAAGUGCAGACAAUCCCCUUCUUUCAUAUUCCCGAGGCAGAGUUUCUCAACGGGAUCACCACCUUCAGCGAUGAGAUCUUCCUCGUCGCCGACUCCGUCAAAGGCGUGAUCUGGAAGAUCCAGCAUUCGGUCGAUUCCCCCCCUGAUCCGUCAUAUUCCGUCGCCGUGGCAGACGAGACGAUGCUUCCGUCACCCGAUCAACCGGUCCAGAUAGGGAUAAACGGCGUCAAGGUGCUCAACGGGUACAUCUACUAUACCUCUACCACGCGGGAACUGCUCUGUCGCGUUCCGGUCGACGAGCAGGCGAACCCAACGGGCGCCGUGGAGGUUCUUCUCUCCGGGGUCCUGAACGACGAUUUCAUCAUCGACGACACCAACGAGGUGGUUUACAUCGCUACGAACCCACAGAACACAAUCCUCAAAGCAUCCAAUCCACAUAAUGAUGGUGAUGCUGAUUACAGCCUCUCUCUACUCGCAGGGGAAGCGUAUAAACUCGAUCUCGCUGGCGUGACGGCCCUGCAGUUCAGUCGUGACCGGUCAGUUCUCUACGCUACGACGUCAGGAGCCCAGAUCGGACCUAUCCUAGGGACACUCAUCGAGCCUGCGAAAGUUGUUUCAAUCAAUUUGAGCUAG